AUGAUCGCGCGAGCUCUCCCACUUUUGUUUCUCCUAGCAGCAAGGAUAACAAUGGCAACGACAAAGGUCUUGCACCUAUCUAGGUGUACCUCUUAUUUGGCGCCUCCGCACCAACUGGCCAAUAAUAGGCACACACAUGGCAGUAGGUUCCGCGGGCGGCAUGUGGACAGACUAAGGCUCCUAGACGAAUCAGUUAAAAACAACGAGCACAUAAUCAAGUUAACGGACAACGCACAAAAGAAAAUCAAACAACUGGUAGCAGAAGCUGAAACAGAAACUCUAAUACUGAAGCUGUCUGUAAAAAAUGGAGGCUGCAAAGGGUUGAAGUACCAAAUGAAUCCCAUCAGGAAGGACGAAAUCGAGGCAGAUGACUAUGUGCAGCAGUUCGAAGAAUUAAAGUUCAUUCUGUCCAUUGAUGCAACUAGCGUUAUUUACAUUUACAACAAUAUACUGGAUUACAGCUACGACUUAAUGAAUGGUGGAUUUAAGUUUAUAAAUCCAAAUGCCACUAAAAAGUGUGGCUGCGGGAAGUCAUUUAAUGUUUAG